AUGGCAGCCGGAGCGGUUUUUCUGGCAUUGUCUGCCCAGCUGCUCCAAGCCAGGCUGAUGAAGGAGGAGUCCCCUGUGGUGAGCUGGAGGUUGGAGCCUGAAGAUGGCACAGCUCUGUGAUUCAUCUCCUGCGGUUGUGGCGGCCAUGGUGAUGGAGA